GAUGCGCAGGUGUGCUCAGCUAGCUUGUGACGCGAGAGCAACUAGAGGUUCUCCUUCACGUGAUAAAAUGUUUUGUUCACCCUCUAGGUUUAUAAGUCACCUUAACUUUUGUUUGUUGCUCUGAAGAAAGCAUCGUGUGAAGAGGAGAAAAUAGGGUUAGCAUCUGACUUCCAGGUGUCAUUUCAGACGGCUAUAUUUGCUACUUUCAACAACAACAAAGGUAGCAUUUGGUGGUAUGGCACAUACAACCGGAGGCAAAGUCGUUAUGGAGGAGUUUUUUAAAACGGUAGGGGAGCUGAGGAGCCUCAUACAAAAGAUGUCCUGUCAAGUGGACGAAGUGGAAAAAAGACAAAGUACCCUUCUUGCUUCCUCCAACCCAGACAAGAAAUGCAGAGAUGAGCUGGAGUUGCUUAAUAAGAAAAUCAAGACUGAUGCGAACUUGUUCCGAGCCAAGUUAAAAACUUUGCAGGAUGCUUUCCCAGCAGACUGUAGUGACAAUGGUACCUCGGUGAUGCAACGCAUUAGGAACAAUCAGCACACACACUUGACUCGGUGCUUUGCUGAGCUCAUGACGAGUCACCACAACACACAGGUGGCCUUCAGAGAGAAAUGCAAAGGCCACAUUAAGAGACAGCUGCAGAUUGUGGACAAAGUGACCACAGAUGAGGAGCUGGAGGAGAUGCUGAACUGCCACAAUGUGACCAUCUUCAUAACAGAUAUUGUUGAUUCUGGUGCUUGUAUUUCGAGCAAGGCUCUGAGCGACAUCAAGUCUCGUCACGAGGACAUAAUUCACUUGGAAGCAAGCAUCAGAGAGCUGCACGAGAUCUUGGCUGACACUGCCAUGCUUCUGGAGAUUCAGGGGGAGUUGGUGAACAGCAUAGAAAAGAAUGUGGCGAGUGCUGCAGAGUAUGUGGACGAGUCCAGAGAAGAGACCCAAAAGGCAGUGACAUACAAGAAAAACCCUUACAAGAUAUUGUCUCUGCCGAGAUUCUUCAGAUCCUUCAGAAGGCAAACAGUGGCCAAAACAGUCACAGGUCCAAACACGUCAGACUAAGACCACAAUGACAGAACUCCUUAUGCUUACGGAACUUUGACUGCUCAUGACUCACAGUCUACAACACCAUUUAAACUACUCAUUUCGAAGUUAAAUAAUAAUAGCAGAGUUAAAUUGAAAGACACUUGAAUCAAGCACGGUGAGGGCAAGCAUCAUUAUGACACAAAACACCCCUUUUAUUUAUUAAAACAAGAGCCAUUGGAAACCAUAGGCCUCCACUAAGGCCAGAUUUUUUUGGGGGGGGGGUGAUCCAAAUUAAUGUGCAGAGGCCGUUAGCAGAGCUGCAGGCUGCUUGUCAACCCGGCAGCCUGUGCUAUCAUUGACUUCCCAAUAGGGGACGGAAGUACACUGGCACUGACGUGUGAGAUUACUUCACCUUCCCCAUUCCUUUUUGCUUUGCGUUUAGCCAUAUGAGUCCUGACUCCCUCAUUCACUUCUCCCAAUAAACUUAAUACUGUAUGUGACUUGUUACUUUUUCAGAUUUAUCUUUCUUCUGCUGUCAACAGUUGUGAAUUCAUGUCCUUUUAUUGAGGGGAAAAAAUAAUACACUUAACAGAUUGGUUCUGAAUGUGAAAUUCCUUCAACUUUCUUCUGCUGAUGCAGGAGAUGGAAUCCCAUCAACAAUAUGUAAAUCAUUGUUCCUUUGCAAUGUACAGUUAUAGUAGUUUUACCAUGGUCAUCAAUUCACACCUUUGCUUCUGCUCCUUUAUGUAAUGCAGUAUAAGCAGUGCAGUAAUUCAGUUUCAUGGCAGUGAUCAGACUUGUCCCCGCAUUAUAGGAACGCUGCCAUGUUGAACCCAAUGACUCCCCUCCCUCCUCAUCUCAGUGUCCUGGAUAAAAUUUCACAGGACCAUGUGCACUAUGAUGAAAAGACAAAUUUCUAAAUGCGGCGCAAAGGAUGAGAAGAACAAUGUAAUUUGAAGUGUAGAAAGUGGAAAGAGACAUUUAAUUAUAUUGGAUUUUCAAAAGGAACCAGACACAAUCUUAUAUAAAACAUGCUUUCUUUAUUGGUGGUGUCAGGGUGGUGGGACCCACAGGAAGUGGGUUUGGCCACAACUUAAAACAACUGAGGGAUGUUUACAUGUUGAUCUGGAUGUGUAUUGUGUGGCCCUGUUUGUUUUAGUUGACAGGUCAUCCUUUGGAGCAAACAGCAGGCUAGCAAGACCCAAGUGUACCCCUGUUGGAACUUGGAAUGGACUACAAAGAUGGAUUUGUUUGGAUGGGAGCCACAGCGUCCAUGGCCUUCUUCACGGUCUCCUCGUCACCCAGGAAGGACAUGGGCUUCACGGGCUUCAGGUUUGCAUCCAACUCGUAGACGAUGGGAAUCCCCGUGGGCAGGUUCAGUUCCAUGAUUGCGGCGUCGGACAUGCCUGAAAAAAUGCACAUAUCGGAUAAAGCGCGAUGACAUCAUUCCAGAAAGGCAGGGCACGGGCGAUGGUGUCCUUCAGUGACUCACAGUUCACCUCACUGAUGAUGGAGUGGUAAGGGUGGUCCUUGUCCAUGGGCGGAGGUGGGAUGUCAAAGGAACGUCGCCAGAUCUUCACCUGCUCCUCACCGUGCUUGGCGGCCGUCUCGGCCUUGUUGAGACCAGUGAGGCCUCCGUAGUGGCGCUCAUUGAGGCGCCACGUACGGAUCACAGGCAGCCACAUCUGGUCCGUGCCCUCCAUGAUUGUCCACAAGGUCUUGACGGCACGUUUGAGCACAGAGGUGUAGCAGAUGUCGAACUUCAUGCCCGCAUCUUUGAUGGCCUUUGCUCCUCGCGUAGCCUCUUCCACGCCUUUCUCGCUGAGGUCAGCGUCGAACCAGCCACAGAAGCGAUUCUCCUGGUUCCAGGCACUCUCCCCGUGGCGGACGAUAACCAGGCGAUGAACAGCCGCCAUGCUUGAAGCGAUUUUACCAGCAUGAGCCCAGGAAUUGUGUGACUGGCAAGCCCCCUUCAAGUUACACCUGUGAGAAGCCUUCAUACCGCGAUGGACACGCACACUUGGCCAAUAGGAGCAGACACAUGCGUGUGCUGUCUGUGAAGGCCAAAGGUUAGCUGUUGAGCCAAAAUAGCAACAUGACUUUUCAAGUCAGAUCUGUUGAACAAAAGUGUAAAGAGCAGACAUAACACUCUUGACAUUAGAUAGUUUAACACUGAGAGGAUUUUAGUCAACUUUGGCCCACCACUGUACUGUUAAGAGUCUAAGUCACAGCACAAGGUUUCAGCAUACAGGUAGUGUACAAUAUGGUGAUUAUAUGGAUAAGAAUUAAUGCAAUAAGAUAUUGCAACACAUUUUAAAGUUUCCACUGACGCAGAAUGUUGCAGAAACACAUGCCAUGGCAGGGGUGUCAAACUCAUUUUUGUCACGGGCCACAUCGCAGUUAUAAUUUCCCUCGGAAGGCCGCUACGACUGUGGACCCAUAUAAAUGAAAGAUUAUCUAAUAUACUGUAAUUACAGUAUACAAAACAUAUUGAUGAAUAACCAGUUUUGAAAUCAGAAGCCUAUAAAAAACAUGUUUUUCAACUAUUACAUUUCUUUUCAAAGGGGGAUUGGUAACAAAAAAAAAAUUCUUGCAAAUAUGUCAAUGGUAUGACACCAAAAAGCAAUUAGCGAUUUUGAUUUGCUUUCGCGGGCCAUAUAAAAUUAUGUGGAGGGCCUGAUCUGCCCCCGGGCCACCAGUUUGACACCUAUGUGCCAUGGCAUCUAACAGGACACUUCAUUAGCAAAGCCUGCACAAUCUAAUAUGCUGCAAUAAAACAACUUAAAUCUGCCUUUACAUAUUCUGAUAAAAUAUUCUGCCUCCAUCUGCCUUUACAUAUUCUGAUAAAAUAUUCUGCUUCCACAAAGAUAAUAAUGUCAAAAAAGUCAAAAAAGGUUUUGCAAUAAACGGCAAUCAUUCAUGUGAUUGUGACCAAUAUUUAAAAACAGAAUAAAUUCAUACGAAACAAAUGAGGUAGAUUGAGAGGAUGUAUAGCUGUUGACAAGCACAAGCAGUCAAGAAAAAAGAAUAGUGAUAAGGAAGAAGAAAAAUUGGUCCAUAAAACUGCUCAAGACACAAGGAACAAGGUAGGGUGGGGUGCUGUUUUAGAAACAUUUUCAUUAAAGAGAUCCCUUUGACUCUUACAAAAGAGGGGGGAUCACAUAUGAAGAACAUCAAUGAUAGUCAAAAAGUCCAAAAUCAGUUACCCAAUUAAACAUUUUUUAAAAAACACAUCUGGCCCACACAACCUUAGGUUUGUGAAAUGGAUUAAAGCUUGGUCAUAAAUGGUAUAUAAUAUCAGAACAUUGUUGGAUUUAAAACUAAAAUUAAUGUUGUAUAGUGUGAUUCAAUCAAUUGUGGGAUACUAUAAGAGGGGUUGUGAUGGGCUAGAUAUCCCAAAACCAAAAUAAAACAGUGGACCCCCUCUGUUCACG